AUGCUACCGUCAAGCCGAAGCAACCCGAAGCGUAGGCGACUGGAAAGCAGUGAAUCUGGGGAGAGUGCCAGCAUUGGAUAUGCUUAUCACUACAGCGGGGGUUGGCCACACUACCCAAGGCCAGUUGCCCCUGUGGCAGUUCCUGCACCGAACGAAAACUCGUUUUCCAGUCCGUCGACUGCUCUAUCUUCCUUCUCUUUGGAAGAAUCAUCGCUAGAGGUAUAUUCGCAGUCCACGGCAACCGCCACAUUUGCAACAACUUGCCUUCCAGCCUCAGGGGCUUUACCAACCUCACGACCGUUAUCGACGCCGUCAUUUUGGUCGGAGGUCUUGUGUGAAAGUUCUACUAGCGAAUGUCCUCAAAGCUCCGAGGCUUGGCACCAUGACCCGGUCAGGCCGGUCCAUGGCCCACAAGAGGUAGUUUGUUUUGGCGAAGUUUCCGGCAUACCCGCAAGAUUUGACCGUAAUUCACCUUGGAGCAAUGUUACGCCAUCCUCCUACCUUCGAGUCAGUCUCGACUCAUCGUUCCGAUUUUCUGGAAAGGCCGGUAACCAGGAUUUUUCCGGGACAAUUGUUACAGGCACUACCAAGAACAACACCCGCGACUGGACAGUGUUGACGGAUGCUUUGCUCGAGGAAUCCGGCAUUGAGCUUAGUGUGAUCUGUUCUAAAGACCUAUAUUCCCCCUCUUCAGAUGUGCAACACAAGGCUUUUAAGGAAUCCAGGAAAGCACUCGACUGCACACUGUCCAUCACCAUGUUUGGUCCUCUUGAGUUGUUUGAGGAGAUUGGGAGCUUCUUUCAAGAGCACAACGUCUAUUUGCAGGAUCCACUGCAAUACCUGAAAAGAUGCGUUUGGACAUCUGACCUAGGAAGAACAACGACACAACUAGUCGAGCUCACCGGCACUGUACCAACUCCAGAGCUUUUGGAUGCUAUAACAUUUACCCAAGAUCUUCCAGAAGCAAACCAACCUCGAGGAAUUCGAACAGCCUUGGCAACGCAUCAGCGACAAGCUUUAACAUUCAUGCAAAGGAGAGAAGAGGGAUGGGCACUUAACGGCGAACGUCCAGAUGUCUGGGAGUAUGUGGAGAGUCGGACGAGAGACGGAAGCUUCGUGAAUCGGAUUUCUGGCUGGCGUCAGGACGAGGAACCAGAGAAUUUUUAUGGCGGUAUAAUCGCCGAUCCGAUGGGCUUGGGGAAAACGCUGACAAUGAUUGCUCUGACGGCGAGUGAUCUGAUGUGUGCCUCACUUGCCCCUGGGUUGGCCUACACUACUCCUCGAGGGGGAACUGAGAUGCCGCCGGCCGGUCAGACACUAGUGGUUGUUCCACCACCACUUCUUGGUACAUGGGAAGAGCAGCUAGAAGAGCACGUAGAACCCGGAGCCUUUUCAUGGUGCCGACAUCACGGAAACGACAGGCUUACCACAAUGAAAGACGCUCAUAAACCCACCCUUGUUCUUACAACAUAUCAUACUGUUUCAGCCGAGUGGAAGAAUGCGGGUGAUCCUGCCCGUUCUGGCAUCUUCUCCAGGCGUUGGCGAAGGAUCAUCUUGGAUGAAGCUCAUUUUAUCCGAAACCACAAUUCUCAAACGGCACAUGCUAUUUGUGCCCUUGACGGGGUAUCUCGCUGGGCCAUCACGGGAACUCCCAUUCAGAACAAGCUCUCCGACCUAGCGGCCUUGCUAAAGUUCUUGAGGAUCUAUCCAUAUAGUGACAAGAGAUGCUUUGACGCUGACAUCACGCAUCUUUGGAAGAAUGGUCAAACCGAGGAAGCACUAAAGCGCCUGAAGCGCUUAGCGGGUUGCUUAAUUUUGAGGCGACCUAGAACCACCAUCCAGCUGCCGGCAAGACGCGAUCUUCAGUGCCCGGUGGAAUUCUUUCCAACUGAGCGAGAGCUGUAUCAGGAGAUCCGCACGAAAACCAUUCAGCGCCUUGAUGAGCUAUUGUACGCAGAUAAUACUGACGCCGUACGCUCACCCACGUACGUCAAUGUUCUCCAGCAGAUUGAGGCCAUGCGGAUGGUAUGCAAUCUUGGAUUGUAUUACGCCUCACGCCAUGACUCCGAGGCUGAGGAUAUAUCAUCCAUAAACCCACCAGUCGAUACCGCCUGGAACAGUGCAAUGGCCCAACGAGCACUUAGCCUUCGGCUGGGAAUGGACCCGAUGCGUUGUAAGGACUGCGAAGUCUCAGUCGACGAUAGUGUCAGUCUUUUAGGCUAUGCUUCUGGGGCACAGAAGUUGCAACAGCCUCUCUUGUCACAAUGUAUGAAGUUCGUAUGUUCGGAAUGUGUUUCCAAACGAAGAGGCGAACCGCCCAUUUGCGAUCAUAACCCAGUAUGUCCAUUCGCCCCGGUAUCCCUAAAUGCCAUCACCGCGGAGGAAUCAUCGGAGCCAGCCAAAACACCACUGGAUGGGAAGAACUUAAUGCCGCUCGAGAUGCCCUCAAAGGUCAAGUCGCUCAUUUUGCAGCUCAAGAACCUGCCCUAUGACACCAAAAGCGUCGUAUUCUCAACGUGGAGGACCACACUCGAUGUUAUUGAAGCCGGACUCAAGACCGAAGCGAUACCAUGCCUUCGCUUCGAUGGCGAAGUUCCCCAGAAAGAGCGACAAAAUGUCAUCAACCGGUUCCGACGUGAUCCAUCCUGCAGAGUCCUGCUGCUGACACUUUCUUGCGGAGCCGUCGGACUUACACUAACUGUCGCCUCAUACGCCUUCCUCAUGGAACCACACUGGAAUCCAACUCUUGAGGAGCAAGCUCUGGCGCGAAUUCACAGAAUGGGCCAGACACGAGAAGUCACCACCGUUCGGUUUUACGUCAGGGAUUCGUUCGAGGAGAGAGUCAUGGAAGUGCAAGAAAAGAAAAAGCAACUGGCCACGGUACUGCUAGCACCUCACGGCCAAGAUGAAGAGGAGGAUGUGGGAUCUCUACAGGUGAGUUUGACAGCAAGCCGUUCCCUGUAA